AUGCAGGGGAGGAAGAUACCAGCUGUUGUUCCUGGUACUAUACUGACAACGCUGAUACAGAAUUGGAUACACCCAGACCCAGAUAUAGGCCUUAAUCAGUCCAGAAUACCAGACAUAUUCCAUGCAGGCCGCAAUGUGUAUACAUACUGGUUCUGCAACUCCUUGAGGGUCCCUCAAGGAACAGGGCUACAGCAGGGAGGGCGAGUUCGCUUGAUCCUGCAUGGAAUCAACUAUUCUGGCAGGAUAUUUAUCGAUGGGGAUGAGGUUCUUGGUGGCGCGCCCAUCAAGGGCAUGUACCUGCGGCACACGGUUGACAUCACCCAGCAGCUGAAGCAGUGCGAAACAGACGAAUGCAGCCUUGCUGUCCUCGUCAGCCCUCCAGACCAUGUUGGAUGUGUUGACAAAGGGGGCCAGGGUGGCGAUCACAUGAUUGCCAAAGAUGUCACAGCGCCAUAUGUGGAGGGAUGGGAUUGGAUUCUGCCAGUCCCAGACAGGAACACAGGCAUUUGGGAUCACGUGGAGUUGUUGACCACAGGUCCUGUGGCUCUCCAGCAUCCUUAUGUGUUUGCCGAGCGGGUCACGCCAGAGCAGCCCCUGUCCAAGGGAGCUUCCAUACGCUCAGAGGUGACACUGGACAAUUCCACCAGCAAAACAUGGUCGGGCGUCAUCACUGCCAAAAUAUGGCCAGUGGAGGGACCUCACUGCAGACAAGACACAGCCCACCGGACACAGGCAGCUGUGCCGGGCCGGAGCACAGCCUGCGGGCAAAGCUACCGGCCUGCAGGCAAGCAUGCAGACAUGGAAGCUGGCUAUGCUUGCAGAACUGGCAGAGCUGUUGUGCAAUGGACGGAGUGUGUGGUUGUUCCUCCGGGCAGCACUGUGCACAACCUGAAGCCUUGUCUCAUAGAGAAGCCAGCGCUGUGGUGGCCCAUACAUCUGGGAGGACAGGCUCUGUACCAUCUGGAGGUGACCCUGCACCUGGAUGGGUUUGGCUUGUCGGACAGAGUGGUGCAGCGUUUUGGCAUCCGUGAAAUUGAGUCCAGAAUAGAUCAAGACCUUGAGGGUCACACAUUCUAUGUCAAUGGCGUGAAGGUGUUCAUCCGCGGAGGCAAUUACAUAGCAUCGGACUGGAUGCUGCGCUGGUCUACACAGCGAUAUAGGGAUGAAGUGCGCAUGCAUGCAGAGAUGGGCCUAAACAUGAUAAGGCUGUGGGCGGGCGCUGCCUGUGCUCGGGCGCCCUUCUACGAGGCCUGUGACGAGGCGGGGAUCCUGGUCUGGCAGGAGUUCUGGAUCACUGGCGACUGCAACGGCCGCGGCGCAACACCCGACUCGCCGGUGUCGGAUCACAGCUGGCCGCUUGACCACGCGCUGUAUGUGGCGAGCGCGGCCGACACAGUGCGGCGGCUGCGGAGCCAUGCGUGCGUCGCGCUGUGGUGCGGCGGCAACGAGCAGGUGCCAGCCGCUGACCUGGACGCCGCUCUCUGCGCCAUGCUGCCCCAAAGGCCGCUCGGUGACACUGCUCCCAGUGCUAGCAUGUGCGCAGAUUUGGAGGGAGCGUGUCUAGCGGACGUCCCGUGCAACCUGGACAGCACGCGCGCAUAUGUGUCUGGCAGCCUUUGGUCCGGCUUCGGGCAGGGGCACGGGGAUUUCAGCGACGGUCCUUACGGCAUCCAGGAACCGGCAUCCUUCUUCGACCCGGCCUUCUACCGCUGGCCAUUCAACCCCGAGGUGGGUUCUGUGGGCGUCCCAGAGGCGGAGACCAUGCGCGACAUCUUCCCCGACCCGGCCCAAGCAGCGCCGCCGGAAUAUCACCGGCUGCCAUCCGGCCUAGUUGAGGAGGUGCCCAAUGCAGCUUGGCAGGCGCACACAUACAUCUCCUACGGUGACCCGCCGAAGGGCGUCAGGAAUCAGAUCCUGCUCUACGGCGAGCCCAGCAGCCUGGAGGACUUCUGCGGCCUCGCCCAGAUCGCAAACUACGUGCAGUACAGGGCGCUGAUGGAGGGGUGGGCGUCAGGCAUGUGGGAGCGAUUUACGGGGUUGCUGCUGUGGAAGACGCAGAACCCCUGGGCCGGGCUGCGCGGGCAGAUGUACGACUGGCGCCUCGCGCAGACCGGCGGCUUCUACGGCGUGCGCUGCGCCUGCCAGCCCCUGCACGUGCAGCUCAACCUGCACACCAUGCAGGCGCGCCCCACUCCGUCUGCCACCUAUACAUUUUUGCCCCCUGGCACGCAAAACUAA